UAAACAAAAGGAGUUUAGUAACAGUGCUGGGUGCUAUGGAAUCUAUCUGCUGCCUUUCAUGAUUAAGAGAAAAAAACCAAUCGUUUCUUUUCUGAAUUUCAGCCAGGAUGAAGUAUGGUAGCUCCUCUGCUAAAGGUUCCAACAGGAAACUGGAAUUUCAAGCUGCCUUUUAGCUGUUUUGAGCAUGCGCCUCACAGAAGACUGCUGAUGAAAUACUGAAUGAAGGCUUGACUGUUCCCAAAUUUCGUCACAAGUCAUAAAAAUGGAAUGUUAACUUCAUGACAUCACCAAGGAAACAACAAUGCCAGUUUUAAGCAUCUUUCAGAAUUGGAUAACAGUACGAAGUCUUCCAGAACUGGAUAACAGUCAUGUUUGCAGGAGUUGUUAGACUAAUAGACAUAGCUCUCUUUAGUCUCAGAUAAUACUUCAAAGAAAAAUGUCAACAGAGAACACUGCAGAGUUGACUAAAUAUCUUGAGAAAACUCCAAGCCAACCAUUUCUACCAGCAAUUCCUAAUGUGUCUGGAAGCAGAGUGAGUUCCCUGGAAGACCGGCUAUCUAACCAGGAGCGUACCACUGCUGUGCUUCUGGAUCAGGCCUUUCGGAUCAAAGAUGGCAUUGCUUCAUGCCUUCAGGGAAAUAAGAGCUUUCAGCAAGGAGAGGCAGCAGCUCACCAACUAUUGGAAAACCACAUCCAGACAAUCACAAGUGUUGUUAAAAAGCUGAGCCAUGACAUAGAGGAGUUGGAGAGACAAAUAAAAGCCAGAGAUGAAGUAACAUCAGGAACUAAUUUUGCUGUGCAAAGUCUGGACCAUAAACACCUGCAGGGAGUUGGGGACCUACGUGGAAGAGUGGCCAGAUGCGAUGCUAACAUUGCCAAACUCUCUGGAGAUAUCAAUAUCAGCAGGCAUGAGAUUUCAAAACUAGAGAAAGAAAUUCAUGCUGUUCAGUCUUCCUUGGACAAUUAUGUGAAUAAUGUUGAGAUGAAGGUAAUGCAUCUUUUAGGCAAGAUAGAGACUUCAAGCUCAGAGCAAACUUCAAAUGUAAAGGCAAUGCAGGGUGAUCAACACCAUGAAUUGCAGCUCUUGGACUUCAAGAUAAAUAGUAUUUUAAAUGAUUUUAAAGAUCAAAUUCAAAACCAACGAAAGUGGAUCGAAAGUGAGUUGAGGAGAUCUGAACAAGAGCAAAUCCAUCUCACAAACCAGCUGUUUGUUACAAUCAAGGACAGAUUGGAAAUAGUGGAAAAAAAAUUGGAAGAUGGGUUAUACUAUGUCUCCAAAAGAAUAGAAAACACAGAAAAAACAUUGCAAUUUGAUGUGGAACUCAGUCAGGUGAAAAAUGAUCAAAAUAAACUACAUGCAAAGAUUACCAGAUUUGAAAAGCUGAUGUGGAAUGAACUGGAAGGAAUGCAAAAUGAAUACAGAUCAGGAUUUCAAUCUAUCCGUGAUUCUCUUGACGCACUCAAACAUAUACAGACAACAAAGCUGAAACUUGAAGAAGAGAAAUUCAAACAAGAUAUGAAAAAGCUACGACGAAAACUCACUGAACUCAAAGACUAAUACAUUUUGUUUAGCAUUUACAUUUGUUCCAUCAAAGAAAAAUACUAAAAAAGUUUAAAAAGUUAACUUCUUGUUUCUACAUUAUCAGACUUGUUUUCCUGUAAAUCUGGGACAAAAAACACUGUGAUAGUUGUGAACAGACAUAAGUUAAAAUAGAGACAUAUUAACACUUCAUUUAUGUUUGAAAAAUAAAAUAAAAUGCAAGGACUAAUGGUAAGUUGUGUAAGUCAUUGCUUGAUUUAUUUUUACAAACCAUUACAACCAAAUAUCUGCAAUUAUAUCCUGAAGUUUACAAAUUAGGAGCCUCUGCCUUUACAAAAAAGCUAAAGCAACCUUACUAGCUCACUCAUGUAAUUUUGUUAUCAGCUAUAAAAAGACAAAUACUUUUCCUAAAACAUUUGUCUGUUAUGAAGAACUUUUAUAAUUUCAAUUGUUCUGCGAAUUCAAAUAAGAACUUUUACAUGCAGUUUUCUACCUACCAAAUUGUUUUUCAUUUUGUUUUUAAUUCUGCUAUUUAUUUGUAAGAAGGAAAAAGCUAAGUUUGCAAAAAUGUAGCCAUACGCCCAUAAAUAUUCUGAAGAAUAGAUAUGUAAGCCACUUAAAUUUGUUAAGACAUUUAAAAUGCCAAGUUUUUGUCAAGGUAGGUAUGGAAUUAGAAAAAAAGAUACAAGCAACAUACCCUCUCCUUGACCAACUCUCAUGUACAGUACAUUUUCUAACUAUGAGAUUCCUAUAAGUCAUCAUCAGUUUUUGAGGAGAAAAUGUUCUUACAAAUUCAAAUGGAACUUGCUUUGCAGUCUUCUAUAAAAUAGAAAUCUGGUGGUUGAAUAAUGCAAAGGUUGCUGUGUAACAUUUCUGUUUCCUGAAAGAAACUUCAUUGCAACACUUCAAAUCAUUCUCUGAAGAAAAAAUACUAAAGCAUCAACUAUGAGGUUCCAUCAGUUUUGAUGGAAUUAUUUGAGUGAAUAGGAAGAAUUGGGGCCAAUAACCUGAAAGGAAUCUAUUCUUUAACAUACCAGUUCCAGUAGUAAUAUCCUCAAGUUGUAAACCACUAAGGUAAUUAAUUUUUCCUCUUCAUGUACAUUUUUGGGGGAUUAUAUUUGCUUCUGUAUAGCACUGAAACUUGAUGAAGAAUCUUAGGUUUAUAGGCUAGAUACUGUAGUAGUACUCUUAUAAACAGUAAUCUUAUAAACCAAGGGUCUUCAAACUUGACUCUUUUAUGACUUGUGGACUUCAACUCCCAGAAUUCCUCAGCCAGGCAUGCUGGCUGAGGAAUUCUGGGAGUUGAAGUCCACAAGUCAUAAAAGGGCUAUGUUUGAAGACCCGUUAUAAAUCCUUUUCUAAUGUAGGGAGGGAAAAAAACUGAUUUUAAAAAAUAUAGAAUUAUUCUAAUACAAUAGCAGAUGGUGUCCUUUAUUAGUUUUUACCUUCUCAAAUCCGACAGCCAAAAAAAGGGAGGGAGCACAUAGUUCAAAAGGAGCAGGGACUAACUAGGCAAAUAGGGGAAAUGGUUUUAUAAACAGUAAAAAUUCUGAUAUUUUCAUAAAAUGCAGACUGAAUCAUUUCGUCAACUUUUAUGUCAGAAGUAGGUUCCAUAAUUGAUGUUUGUGAGGGCAGUACUGAAUAUGAAUAUCUAAAAUUAAGAACUGUUUCUUCAAAGGAACUGUCCAUUCUACUGAAAUGUAGAUUUACUGUAAUUGUCUAAUGAUUAACAUAACAACAAAUAUAAUUUCACUUUAAUGACAAACAAACUAAUGGCCAUUAUCAAUAAAAACCACAUUACAAAAGAAAAAAGAAGAGUUUAAUGCAUUUGUGUGAAGAAUUCUUAAGAGGGGUUAAAUAUGAACAAUUCAGUCAAAAAGUAUUGGGGCUCAUAUUUUGCAUACUGCCCUUCCCAGAGUAGUUGGGAGUCAGACAGCAUGUAAAUAUAAUAAAUUUAAUUAAAGUGGAAUUUAAUGUGGAAGGAAUAUUUCUUAACCCUUCCUUUUCUGGUAUAUUUUAUUGUGGAGGUGGAGGGGGUGGCGGCAGUGGAAAACAAGAGAAUUUUAAAUCACAGAAAUGGCUUGAAA